GAGAUGUCAUUUGUUAUGAUCACAACAAAAUUCUGCAUUAAGUUGAAUAGGUUAAUAUGUGCUUUUAAAUUUUAAAGUGUUAUUUUCACCGAAACGGCAGUGGGUUCUGCGGAAUCCCCGGCCAUCUUUUAGCUUUCGACGUUCUAUUAUGCAUUUUUGAACGCAUGGGUCAAUUCCAGUCCAUAGUUCAUCGUAGAAGCAGAAAUUCUCCGCAUCAGCUGAAAUCUUUCCCUGAUCUGAGUAAUUUUCCCCCCGAAGUUGCUGUGUCUGUUUUGUCACACUUGAACGCAACGGAUCUAUGUCUUGCUGCUUGUGUUUGGAAGCAUUUAGCUGACAAUGAACUUCUCUGGCAAAGCCUGUCAAAAGUUACAUGGGGAUAUGCUUCAGCAUAUAACAGGAAGCAUCAGGGAAAGAUUUCCUUCAAGGAACUGUACAUGUUGCUAGAUGAGGGAACUUGCCUCUUUAAUUUUGAUCCACAUCAGGGAAUAAGUUAUCUAGUGAGACAUAAUGUGUUGGAUGAUUCAUGUACAGAGAUAGGAAAGUUUAUUAACUGCACUAGUACUCUUUAUGGAAAGUCUGUCAGCGAGUUUCUUGAUACAAGAAGAGAUGUCUUGCAAGAAAUUGUUAACAUGCAGCAUUAUGAAGGGGUAUUUUUGCCUGUGGCACUAAGGCAGUUUUUUGAAAGAGUUUAUCCCCCAGAACAGAGAGGAGAAUUCUUAGACACCCUUUUGAACAAGUUCUCCAUUCGGUUCUGUGCUACAAAUCCUAGCACACCCCUAACACCAGAGAGUGUAUUUAUUCUAUGCCACUCACUGAUUCUUCUCAGUGUGGAUCUGAGCAGUCCCCAUGUGAAGAACAAAAUGACAAAGAGAGAGUUUGUCAAAAACUUGCGUGGUCUCAUUCAAGGGCCUGGUACUGAGUUUCUUGGUGAUCUCUAUGAUAAUGUGUAUUUAGAGGGACACAUUGCUUUGAAGGCCAAGAAAUGUGUGCAGAAAACGACCUUUCCUUUUGAGAGGCCUUAUGGGAAGAUAUUUUUACAUAUGUAGUAAUUUAAUUAGUAAGACAAUUUAUUUAAAUCAAGUGUUUAUACUCUUUUAGGUGAAAUUGUUAGAAUAACGUUUUCAAGGAGAAAAACUUAAUAGAUUAUUGAUCAGCACAAAAUAACCUGAGUUCAACCCAAUUUUUGCAAUUUACUCCAAGAGUUUUUUAUGGUUGGAUUCUCUUCAUACUGUCAUCUGCCUCAAGAAAAGUUAAGUGAAUAUCUGUGUGCCAGAUAUAUUGUUUCAUAGUCAAAAGGGCAUAGAGUGGAUUUUUAAACUCAGAUUCUUUCAGGAUAUGAAGAUGGAGAGAAAGAAAGAACCUGAAUGGUUGUUUAAAGAUUUUCAAUGUAAAAUCAAGGCAGUACUUAAGGUAGUGCAUCAUUUUCCUUCUCAUCCUCUCUGAGUCAAAAUUGCUCCAACUUUAUGUUGUAAACAAAGUUUACAUUUCAUUUUACAUUAACUACUAAUAUGUAGAGGAACCUUAUUUCCAGCACUUACAAUUUGGCAUGCUGUAGUGUUGUUAAAAAUUGAUGUAUUUACAUAACUUUAGUGCUUAAUUUAUUUUUAAGAAAACUUGUGUUGUAAGAUGUGUGUUGGGUUGAAGAACUAAUUGUUUCCUGUACAAAGUAGACAAUAGCACUGAGUGUUUCAUAGUUUGAUAAGUACUGGAAAACUAUGACUGUAGUACUCAACAUGUGUGAAUAUAUAUUUAAAAUCAUUGCCUAAAUCUUAGCACUGAAUAGGAAAUUUGUUAUACAAGUUGUGAAAUAAUGUGUCCAUGAAGAUGAAAAUAUAUGUCAACAAAUCUUGUUUUUCUCUAAACAAGUUUGAGAAAGUAAUGUGAUGUAGCAAUAUCCAGAUUGUGAUAUAUUGCCACAAGAUGCAGACCAGAUGGCUCCUUUUUUUUUUUUUUUUUUUUUUCAAACUUUCUAUUUUCACUUUUUGAAAGUAUGAAAUCUAUCUUACAUAUAUGGAGCCUGCGUUCGGUUGUUCAUGUAGUGUGUGAGUUUGUGUGCGUGCGUGUGUGCGUGGGGGUAUAUGCGUUCGUGCGUGUGUGUUUUUUUGUAAUUGAUUUUUAAUUCCAACAAACACCCUUUUAAUACCUUGAGGGAACACUACAGGUUGUGCUGGUGUUCAAUAUUUUUUUUUAAUGUUGUGUAGACUGCAAUCGUUUACAAUAAAAGUUUUCAAACACGUUA